AGCAGCCGCAGCACCUGAGUCGCGGCCGCCGCCAGCUCAGGACAACGCUAUGGCUGAUGCUGGGCGCAGCCUCCAUCCCUCAGCCAGAGGCAGGGAGAGGAACGGAGCGGCGCACGCUCCGGCUCCUGCGGCUGCUGCUCUGGGUCGGGACCGCCUUCCAGGUGAUCCAGGGAGCGGAACGGGAGCUUCACGCCUGCAAAGAGUCUGAGUACCACUACGAGUACACCGCAUGUGACAGCAUGAGUUCCAGGUGGAGGGUUGCUGUGCCGCACACCCCAGGCCUCUGCACCAGCCUCCCGGACCCCGUCAAGGGCACCGAGUGCUCCUUUUCUUGCAAUGCUGGGGAGUUUCUGGACAUGAAGGACCAGUCCUGUAAGCCCUGCACUGAGGGCCGCUACUCCCUUGGCACGGGCAUCCGGUUUGACGAGUGGGACGAGCUGCCCCAUGGCUUUGCCAGCCUCUCAUCCAAUGUGGAGAUCAACGACAACACCAACGAGUCCACCGAGAACUGCACUUUGUCCAAGUGGGUUCCCCUGGGCGACUACAUCGCCUCCAACACGGACGAGUGCACGGCCACACUGAAGUAUGCCGUCAACCUGAAGCAGUCGGGCACUGUCAGCUUCGAAUACUACUACGCAGACUCCAAUAUCAUCUUUGAGUUUUUUGUCCAGAAUGACCAGUGCCAGCCCAAUGCAGAUGACUCCCGGUGGAUGAGGACCACAGAGAAAGGAUGGGAAUUCCACAAUGUAAAGCUAAAUCGAGGCAAUAAUGUCCUCUAUUGGAGAACCACAGCCUUCUCAGUGUGGUCCAAAGUCUCCAAGCCUGUGCUGACGCAGCUCAUGUACAAAUGGGCCCAGCCGAAAAUCUGUAACGAGGAUCUCGAGGGGGCGGUGAAGCUGCCCGCCUCUGGCGUGAAGACCCGCUGCCCGCCAUGCAACCCAGGCUUCUUCAAAACUGACAACAGCACCUGCGAGCCCUGCCCUUAUGGCUCUUACUCCAACGGCUCUGAUUGUAGCCACUGCCCAGCUGGCACUGAGCCUGUCAUGGGAUUCGAAUACAAAUGGUGGAACACACUGCCCACGAACAUGGAAACGACCGUUCUCAGCGGGACCAACUUUGAGUACAAGGGCAUGACAGGCUGGGAGGUGGCCGGGGAUUACAUUUACACGGCGGCUGGAGCCUCGGACAAUGACUUCAUGAUCCUCACUCUGGUUGUGCCAGGAUUUAGACCUCCACAGUCGGUGAUGGCGGACACAGAGAACAAAGAGGUGGCCAGGAUCACAUUUGUCUUUGAGACCAUCUGUUCUGUGAACUGUGAGCUCUACUUCAUGGUGGGUGUGAAUUCUAGGGCCAACACUCCCGUGGAGACGUGGAAAGGCUCUAAAGGCAAGCAGUCCUUCACCUACAUCGUUGAGAAGAACGCUACCGUGAGCUUCACCUGGGCCUUCCAGAGGACCACUUUCCACGAGAUCGGCAGAAAGUACACCAACGAUAUCGCCAAGAUCUAUUCCAUCAAUGUCACCAAUGCCAUGAAUGGGGUGGCCUCCUACUGUCGGCCCUGCGCCCUGGAAGCCUCUGACAUGGGCUCCUCCUGUACCUCCUGUCCUGCUGGCUACUACAUUAACCGGGAUUCAGGAACCUGCCACUCCUGCCCCCCUAACACCAUCCUGAAAGCCCACCAGCCCUAUGGAGUCCAGGCCUGCAAGCCCUGUGGCUCAGGGACCCAGAGCAACAAGAUCCACACUGUGUGCUACAACGACUGCACCUUCUCAGUCAGCUCUGGGAGCCGGUCGUUAGACUACAACUUCUCGGCUCUGGCAAACCCCGUCUCUCUGGCUGGAGGGCCAAGUUUCACUUCCAAAGGGCUGAAAUAUUUCCAUCACUUCACCUUCAGUCUCUGUGGAAACCAGGGUAAGAAAAUGGCUGUGUGCACUGAGAAUGUCACUGACCUCCGGAUUCCUGAGGGGGAGUCAGGUUUCUCCAAAUCCAUCACGGCCUACGUCUGCCAGGCGCUCAUCAUUCCUCCAGAGGUGACAGGCUACAAGGCUGGAGUGUCCUCGCAGCCUGUCAGCCUCGCUGAUCGGCUUGUCGAGGUGACAACAUAUAUGACUGUGGAUGGAAUCACCUCUCCGGCUGAACUUUUCCACCCAGAAUCCUUGGGAAUACCGGACGUGAUCUUCUUUUAUAGGUCCAAUGAGGUGACUCAGUCCUGCAGUUCUGGGAGGGCCACCACCAUCCGAGUCAGAUGCAGUCCACUGAAGCCUGCCCCGGGAAGUCUGUCCCUGCCCAGCACGUGCUCUGAUGGGACCUGUGAUGGCUGUACCUUCCACUUCCUGUGGGAGAGCGCAGCCGCUUGUCCGCUCUGCUCGGCCGAUGACUACCACGCUAUCGUCAGCAGCUGCGUGGCUGGGAUCCAGAAGACUACCUAUGUGUGGCGAGAACCAAAGCUAUGCGUGGGCGGCGACUCUCUGCCUGAGCAGAGAAUCACCAUCUGCAAAACUAUAGAUUUCUGGCUGAAAGUGGGCAUCUCUGCGGGCACCUGCACUGCCAUCCUGCUCACCGUCUUGACCUGCUACUUUUGGAAAAAGAAUCAAAAACUAGAGUACAAGUACUCCAAGCUGGUGAUGAACGCUUCCCUCAAGGACUACGACCUGCCAGCAGCCGACAGCUGCGCCAUCAUGGAAGGCGAGGACGUGGAGGAUGACCUCCUCUAUACCAGCAAGAAGACCCUCUUUGGGAAGAUCAAAUCAUUUACCUCCAAGAGGACUCCUGAUGGAUUUGACUCGGUGCCACUGAAGACAUCCUCAGGAGGCCCAGACAUGGACCUGUGAGAGGCACUGCCCUGCCUCUCCUGCCUCCUCACCUUGGCACACCACCUUUCGAGCCUGUGGCGAUUUGGUGCCAGCUUCCUGCAACACCCACUGCUGGAAAUCUCUUCAUUGUGGCCUUAUCAGAAGUUUGAACUUUAGAUCUUUUGUGUGUUUUUUACAGAGUAUCCAAACUCUCCUUUAUGCUUGCCUCAAACCUGCCAAAUACACCCAACUUUGUAUAUUA